GAUUCCUCAUGGUCCUGGACAUUUUCCAAGAGCGCGGAUUGGCCACUGCGGACGGCCGUUGGGGUGACAAGGAGGAGUGCCGCUUUCCCCUCUUCAACUUCCUGAAGCCCUUACCUCUACAGUGGAUGUAUAUCGUCUAUCUUGUCAUGCUUGCUGGUGCUUUGGGUAUCAUGCUUGGUUUCAUGUUCCGGAUGAGCUGCCUUCUGUACCUGGGGCCGUACUGGUACUUGUUCUUCCUGGACAAGACCUCUUGGAACAAUCAUUCCUAUCUGUUCGGCAUCCUAGCCUUCCUCUUUUCUAUCUCAGAUGCCAACAGAUACUGGUCUGUGGAUGCGCUACUGAACCCAAAGAUACACAACAGACACAUACCAUUGUGGAACUACACUUUGCUACGUGCUCAAAUUUUCCUGCUGUACUUCAUCGCAGGCCUGAAGAAGCUGGACCUGGACUGGGUGUCUGGCUACUCUAUGCAGAAUAUUUCCCACCACUGGGUCUUUGACCCUCUCAAGCUUCUCCUGACGGACGAUCAGAUCGACAUGUACGUGGUUCACCUAGGUGGACUCACCAUCGACCUUUUCCUCGGCUUCCUCUUGUUCUUCGACAAAACCCGGCCCCUCGGCCUCCUCGUCUCUUCCUCCUUCCACCUCAUGAACUCGCAGAUCUUCAGCAUUGGUAUGUUCCCGUACGCGUGUAUAGCCACACAGUUCUUGUUCUGCUAUGGCGACUGGCCCCGCAGGCUGUUCCGUCUGGUGCCACCCGCCCUCCGAUUGUUUACCCCGGAUGACCUGGAGCUUCAGCCUAGUGGCCACUGUGUUUACAACAAGGAAGAUGUCAUGUCAGAGAAUGUCUCCCCCACUUCCAAGACGCAGUAUGUCUCAUCUAGUGAAGCUCUGCCUACAGAACCAAAGCUGAAACAAAAGAUUGCAACUUUGUUCACUCUCCUGUUCAUAGCCUGGCAGUGUUUUCUUCCCUAUUCACAUGGUAUCACAAAGGGCUACAACAACUGGACCAAUGGCUUGUACGGCUACUCCUGGGACAUGAUGGUGCACAGCUGGUACAUCCAGCACGUACGGAUCACGUAUUAUGACAAGGAUACUGGACAGUCUGGAUAUCUUGACCCUUUGGUGUGGGGAGGAAAUCGCCGGUGGUCCUCCCAUGCUGACAUGAUCAAGCAGUAUUCUUUGUGCAUCGCAGAAAACCUAAAGAGCUACAAUAUCAACAAUGUAGAGAUCUAUUUUGAUAUCUGGAGGUCGCUCAAUCACCGUUUUCAGCAGAGGACGGUACACCCUCAUGUGGACAUUGUUACGGCGGAGUGGAGUCCCUUCCGUGAGGCACCCUGGGUGAUGCCCCUUAUGGUCGGGUUGUCAGACUGGCGAGGGAAGCUGGAGGAGAUACAAGCCCGGCUGGACAACGGGACUGAUUCACACGUGGAGGUCGUUUUUGUUGCUGACUUCCCAGGUUUAUACCUAGAGAACUACGUCCAGCCAGACUUUGGAAACACGAGUCUCUCUGUGUUAGACGGCCGGGUUAUUGUUGAGCUGUUGGAUGAGGGACGGAACAUCAGCCUUGGACCUGGUGAUAUUGUACAGAUUCCACCAGACACAUUCCACAAUGUACACACCGUGUCAGAGACACCCUCAUGUUACAUGUACAUGUUUGUCAAUACCACUGAGGUCAACUUCAUGCGCAAAUUCUCACAGUUUGAAGACGACCUCAACAGCUCAUCCUCUGUGAAUGAGACUCUCAAGAAAUAUGAUGACGAUCCUUACCUGGUUCACUAUCAAAAUAUUCUGGCUGCCAAGCAGGCAAAGGAGUUAAAGGAGUAUAACUUUUGGCUCCAGUUCAAGUCGUUUUUAUUAGCUAAAUACAAGAUUUUAAGAAGAAGCAUUCGCAUCUCAACAGGUGCUGUGUACUGCCUUGCCACCAACAACUCUUUCAAUGACUACUUGAAUUCCAUUUACCAACUGGAGCUGAGACCAGACGACGGUGCCACAACCUCUGAGAUACAUUGAGAUACUUUAUUUUCCCAUCAAAA